UCCAACUGCCUUCAGAAGAUGGAUGCUCACAGGCCCAGAAAUGGCAAGAUUGAUAAAGGAAUUUGAAGAGGAAUAUCUCCAAGAUGACAAAGAGAGCUUCCAGCACCAUGAGCAGGGUCUUGGCACACAGAAGACAUUCCAGAGACAGGUCAACAGUCUGUCAGAUACCAUAAGGCGUAUGGGAAACCCUUUCCUGGAUGUCUUCGAGGAACUUGUGACUCUUGAUAGUCGCAACUGCGCAGAUAAAUUAGUCGCAAAUACCAUGCUCAUCCUGGAGGACACAGGGAAGAGACAAUAUCAGGAGUUUGUCAAGAAGGUGCUUGAUGAACGCACACAAUCUAUCCAUGAUCCGAUUAAAAGGAAUUCCUUGGCAGUCUUCAGGCAACCUAGACGCAAGACAAUGUCUAAAGAUGGGAAAAAGAUUAAAGUGCUUCAGAACAACGUGGCACUCUUUGGCCAGCUAUAUGUAGCUAUGCAGAGCCGUGAGAGUAAUUUGGAUGAAUUCUUUACACAUGAGGUGCAGUCCUUCCCUCCAUCUCUCUCAGACUUUGGAAAACUUCAUCUGACAGGCACCAAAUCAGACCUGCUACAAUGUCUUGAGCAGCCAGCACAAUCAGAGCCACCCUCAACCUAUGACUUCAAAGUCCUAGAUGGGGCAGUAAUUGUCCACUGCCUGCCCACUAUUAGAGUGAGCACGUUUGAUGCUUAUGCAAAUGAGGUUUUCAUCCCCUACCUGCAGAAGCAGCUGCAGGAUGCAAAACGAUUGGAUGUUGUAUGGGACACGUACAUCCCUGACAGCUUGAAGGAGUCCACCCGAGAAAAAAGAGGACGUGGUGUUCGCAGGAAAGUGUCAGGCCCGACAAAGUUGCCAGGCAACUGGAUGGACUUUCUUCGCGACCCAAUCAACAAGAAGGAGUUGUUUGAUUUCUUGACAUCCAAGAUCCAAGAGUUCAGCUGGCCACCAACCAAAGCUGUGUAUGUCACAUCGGGGCAAGCGGUGUCAGGACAAGCUUUUGGUUCCACUAGCAUGAUGGACUGUUGCAACCAUGAGGAGGCAGACACAAGGAUAGUGGUCCAUCUACAAUGCGCAUUGAAGGAGGGAGCAAAGACAGUUCUUGUGCGAACUGUGGACACUGAUGUCAUCGUGAUCCUUGCUGGUUUAUUUUAUGAUUUGGUGGUGCUUCAACCAUUGACUGACAUCUGGGUGGCUUUUGGCAUGGGAAAAAGGUUCAGAUAUUACCACAUAAACCACAUCUGCAAAAGCCUGGGGGAACCCAAAUCACAAGGUCUGCUUAUGUUCCACGCAUAUUCAGGUUGUGACACAACAUCUGCAUUUAACGGAAAAGGCAAGAAGUCAGCUUGGAGGGCCUGGCAAGCCUAUGAUGCUGCUACAGAAACAUUUAUGUAUCUGGCAAAGCAUCCAUUCCAGGAACUAAAAGUUGACUCUGAGCAUUUCCAGACACUUGAGAGGCUGACUGUGAUCCUGUACAACAGAUCCAGUCCUUUGAACUCCAUCAGUCAAACAAGGAAGGAACUCUUCUGUCAAGACAGUCGGCCGAUGGAGAGAUUACCUCCCACGCAGGAUGCCCUACUCCAGCAUGUAAAACGGGCUGUGUUUCAGGCAGGAAUCUGGGCAACCAGCACAGACACACAGCAAGUGAUUCCUUCUCCAAAGGACUUUGGAUGGACCAAGGACGAAACAGGGUCAUGGGUUCCAGUUUGGAUAACCAUUCCCGAGGUCUCCAUUGCCUGCAGAGAGCUGAUAAAAUGCUCAUGUAAAGGUGACUGUUCCAGCUGUAAAUGCAGCAAUGCUAAUAUUGACUGUUCUCCACUUUGCAAAUGCAACUGCUGCAAAUAGACACCAGAUUACUUCAUAGUGUAGUAAGAAGAGUCAUCCAGGCCAUUGGUCCUCAGCCCCCAUGCUGAUCAUGUGCACCAGCUGACUUGCCCCUUUAAUUUAUUUUUGGCCUCAAUCAGAGUUCUAACAUUAUAAUUGCAUUAAAGGUUUUAUGGAUAAUACUUCAUGUGCUGGGUCUUGAAUCAUCAUCUGAAAAUGAUACUUUUUGCUAUUUCCGUCCAUAAUGAGGCCUUAUUUGAAAGCCAAAUGGUUCAUAAUGGAAUCAAAUAUUGGCAUUCUGGCUGUUCUGGGAUGUGAAGACACUACCUGUAGACACCCUGUGCAAGUAUGAUGUAAAAACUAGCAGCAAGAGGACACAUGACAAGAAUUAGUCCUUUUUUAGUAUAGGCGUUUUUUGCAGUUAUUGAUCAAAAUAAC